AGUACUAACUUAAUCGAUAAAUGACCAAAGUUUGAACCUAGAUCUCUCAUUUAUGGUUAGUGUGAUUCUUGUAUCAAAAAUAAAGAAACAUUGUCCGGUUUUAUGUGUUUGAAUAACACACCUCAACACCACCACACUAUGCUAACUGUGUUGGGAAUCUACCAUGGCAGCAAAGCCUGUGUUUUUUCAAAAGAAGUAGUUUUUGGCUUUUUGCAACAAAGACAUUGGGUGCUAUUACGAAUUUAGGCUAGAACUUGUUUUGAUAUUUGGAGUAAUAAUCGUGUUUAGAUUAACAUUAUAAGCUAGAUUAGCAUUUUGAGAUCAUCAUGCAAUCCCAAUCAUAAUGAACAAAUCAUUACAAAAGAUAGAAAGCAAAAUUCUCCAUCUUCUUCACAACACAAAAACCCAAACUCAUCUCCCACAAAUCCACGCUCAUUUCCUCCGCCAUGGCCUCCACCAUUCCAACCAAAUCCUCUCCCACUUCGUCUCCGUUUGCACCUCUCUUCACCAAAUUCCUUACGCCACAACCAUCUUCAACCAUACCCAUCACCCCAACAUUCUCCUCUUCAACUCCAUUAUCAAAGCCCAUUCUUCAUUCCCACCUUUUCAUCAAUCCUUCCACUUUUUCAACCUCAUGAAAAUGACCCACAACAUUUUACCUGAUAACUUCACUUUCCCACCUUUGCUUAAGGCCACUUCAUAUCUCCGGGACUAUGAUCUCGGUCAGUGCCUUCAUGCACACGUUACUGCACUCGGGUUUUAUCGUCAUAGUCCAGUUGAAAUUGGGUUGCUUGAGGUUUACUCCAACUGUGGGAAAAUGGAAGAUGCGAACAAGGUGUUCGAUGAAAUGCUUCAUAGAGAAGUUGUAGUUUGGAACAUCAUGAUUAAUGGGUUUUGUAAGAUGGGUGAUUUGGAAAUAGGUUUGAAGCUUUUUAAACGGAUGGGUCAACGGAGUGUUGUGUCGUGGAAUCUUAUGAUUUCUUGUUUGGCGCAGAGGAAGAAAGACGGGGAAGCUUUUGGGAUUUUUCGGGAAAUGUUGGAGCAGGGUUUUGAACCGGAUGAUGCGACGUUGGUUACGGUGCUUCCUGUUUGUGCUCGGUUAGGAGAUGUUGAUGCUGGUGAAUGGAUUCAUUCGUAUGCAGAUGGGAAGGGGUUACUGAGAAAAGUGAUUUCAGUGGGAAAUUCGCUAGUGGAUUUUUAUUGUAAAUGUGGUAACUUAGAAGCUGCGUGGAAGGUUUUUAAUGAGAUGACGAAAAAAAAUGUUGUUUCUUGGAAUGCAAUGAUAUCUGGUUUGGGUCUGAAUGGGAAAGGUGAACUUGGGGUUGAAUUGUUUGAAAAGAUGGCGAGAAAAGGAGUGACCCCUUCUGAUUCUACUUUUGUUGGUGUUUUGGCGUGUUGUGCUCAUGCGGGUUUCGUCGAUAAAGGGAGAGAAAUUUUUGAUUCUAUGACUGUUAAAUUUAAGCUUUCACCGAAACUGGAGCAUUAUGGGUGUGUUGUUGACUUACUUGGGCGUUGUGGGCAUGUGAAGGAAGCUUAUGACUUGAUUAGAAAUAUGCCCUUGAUGCCAAAUGCUGCCUUGUGGGGUGCUUUGCUUAGUGCUUGUCGUACUCAUGGUGAUAGGGAAGUUGCUGAAAUUGCAGCAAAAGAGCUUGUUCGUCUUGAACCGGGGAAUUCUGGAAACUAUGUGUUAUUAUCAAAUGUUUAUGCAGAAGAACGGAAAUGGAAUGAAGUUGAGAAAGUUAGAGUGUUGAUGCAAGGAGUUGGCAUCAAGAAAAAUCCAGGGCAGAGUGCUCUACAGGAUAGUCACAGGAAAUAACUGUCUUUUAUUUGAGAGACUGAAAAUGUUGUGUCAUGGAGAUUGGAGGAUGCCUCCAAUUUCAUGAUGUAUGAGUAUUUCAAAACAGAUAGCACUUGAGCGAAUUCUAACAUUUUAUGGUUUUGAAUUGAAAAGAUGCCAGUGGUCUGAUUAUGUCAAAUAUUGUGUGCAGACUGCAGUGAUUGGCUCGGGGCAAGAGCACGCCAUAUAUAUGUACUUCAUCAUGUAGCAAUAUUUACUCUAUUGAGAUGCAAAUUUUGUGCUCAUUAGAUAAAGGAGAAUCCAUGUAUGUGGCAUGAAGUGAAUCACAAGCCUGAUUUUUCUUAUUCCAA